GGGCGGGGCUGAGGCGGGGCUGGAACGUACCUUCUAUGCUUUCCUGGUGUCCGGUGGUUUUCACUACGUUACGGAAGGUUAUGCAGAGAUUCGCGUUUUUAAUAACAGUAGGCUUACCUGAUUUGUUGCUAGUGCUGUGUUUGGUGCGAUGAGCUCAUAAGUGAGAGAACAGGCGCUUUGAUUUUCGUCCAAAAUCUGAUCCUUACUGCCAAGCUCGUUACACUUUCUGUCCCACUGGCUCUGAUAUUCCGGUUAUGAAAGAAGAAGAUAUUAUUGAAGUGUAUCGAUUACAGGCUCCAGUAUGGGAAUUUAAAUAUGGGGAUCUACUUGGACAUUUGAAAAUUAUGCAUGAUGCUGUGGGCUUCAAGAGCAGUUUAACUGGCAAAAACUACACAAUGGAGUGGUAUGAGCUCUUCCAGCUUGGGAACUGCACGUUUCCGCAUCUCCGACCUGGAAUGGAUGCACCAUUCUGGUGUAAUCAGGGAGCUGCUUGCUUUUAUGAAGGAAUAGAUGAUGCACAUUGGAAGGAAAAUGGAACUCUGGUUCUCAUCACCAAAAUAUCAGGAACCAUGUUCAAUGAAAUGGCAAAAUGGGUGAAGUACGACAAUGAGACUGGCAUUUACUAUGAGACCUGGACAGUUCAAGCAAGUCCUGACAAAAAAUCAGUUGUAUGGUUUGACUCUUACGAAUGCUCUAAAUUCAUACUGAGAACAUACCAGAAGCUGGCUGACCUGGGAGCUACGUUCAAUAAAAUCCAAACAAACUACACCAGCAUAAUUUUAUUCAGCGGAGAACCUAUUUAUUUGGGAAAUGAAACAUCCAUUUUUGGACCUACAGGAAACAAGACACUGGCAGCAGCUAUAAGAGACUUCUACUAUCCCUUCAAACCUCACAAGACAGUCAGAGAGUUUUUUGUGGAUCUCUUAAAAAUAAUUGAUCGUGUCAUCUUGAAUCAUCAGUUUUACCUCUUCUACAACUUGGAAUACUGGUUUUUACCGAUGAAGUUUCCUUAUCUCAAAGUAGUUUACGAAGAGGUUCCUUUGCCUAUUGGAAGCAAAACAUCAUCUGGUGUUUAAUUGCUGACAGCAGAACUAAACUGUGCUUUUGCCAGAUCAGGUGUAAGGAUUUUGGAGUGCUCCUCUGAUGAUAUUAGCAAUGAAAUAUAAAACACUUUUAAUUGAACUUGUUUUGGGUAAGUUUUGCUAGGCCACAGAAGAGGAUCUGCCUUCUAACAAGUUGCACAGCAAGGAUUUCUGACUGACAGUUCUGUGCAGCUAUGAACAUCAGCUGCCUAAGGGCAAGGUGAUGUGGCUCCAGCACAGACCUGACUUACAGCACUGGAGGCUGAGCAGGAGGCAGCUGCCACACACGGCAACAGCUGGCACCUGGCUGCCACUGGAUGUGGGACAUGAGCUGUACAAGGACCUUCUGGUGCAACCAAUUCUACUGUGUGCUGGGGCUGGUUUGAGUGCCUGCUUCCCUCAGUAUGUGCCUUACACUGCAUUUCUUUGGUUUGGAUGAUUGGGGCCUAUGAACUGGUCCACAUUUCAUGAAGGAGAGGUUUGGUGAGGUGGGAAGAGACAACGAAUGUGUUAGAUGGUGCAUCGGGGGUAUCUUGUCACUACUUUGCUUCCUUCACCUGCAUUGUCAGCAAAAUACAGAUGUCUCUUCCCUGAAUUUGUGUGACAGUUUUCUAUCACAGAUAGAAAGCAAAGAGCCUGUUACGGUGCAUAACUGAAGCCUUGCAGUAGUAGUGCCACACUGCCCUUGGAGUUCGGUUCCUGGCUGGGGCUGCCGUGGUGUGGCAGUUACUCUCCCCUUUUCAGAAUGCCUGUGUUCCCUUUGCUUUGGCCAGUGAGAUGCUUAUACACAGGAGUACACCUGUAGCAGCACAGCCAGUUCCAAGGGAACACUGGUUGCUUUUUUUAUUUUUUUAAACUGCUUGCAGAAUGGAACAUUAUUACUGCACAGCAAUUAAUCAGCAAUAUGGGAAGCAAAAUGCAGUUUCAUUAGGCUCAAGGUGAAUGAACGACCUGCUGUAGCCAAAGAGGGGAGCACACAAGUACAUGGUGAUUUGAUUCAGAACAUAAGAGGGGAGAACCUUGACCUUCUAUUAAAUCAUAGAAUGGCCUGGGUUGAAAAGGAACACAAUGAUCAUCUAGUUUCAACUGCUCUGCUAUGUGCAGGGUUGCCAUCCACUAGACAAGGCUGCCCAGAACCACAUCCAGCCUGGCCUUGAACGCCUCCAGGGAUGGGGCAUCCACAACCUCCUUGGGCAACCUGUUCCAGUGCGUCACCACCCUCUGUGUGAAAAACUUCCUCCUAAUAUCUAACCUAAACCUAUCUUGUCUCAGUUUAAUACCAUUCCUCCUUGUCCUAUCACUGUCGACCCAUGUAAACAGUCGUACCCCCUCCUGUUUAUAUGCUCCCUUCAAGUACUGGAGGACCGCAAUGAGGUCUCCCCAGAGCCUUCUCUUCUCCAAGCUAAACAAGCCCAGUUCCCUCAACCUUUCUUAUUAAGAGAGGUGCUCCAGCCCUCUGAUCAUCUUAGUGGUCCUCCUCUGCACUCGUCCGAAGAGCUCUGCAUCUUUCUUGCAGCACUCCAGAUGGGUCCUCACAAGAGCCGAUUAGAGGGGGACAAUCAUCUCCCUCUCCCUGCUGGCCACCCCUUUUUUAAUGCAGCCCAGAACACAGUUGGCCUUCCAGGCUGCAAGUGCACACUGCUGGCUCAUAUCCAGCUUCUUGUCUACCAGGAUCUCCAAGUCCUUCUCCGCAGGGCUGCUCUCAAUGAGAUCAUCCACCAGUUUGUAUAAAUACCUGAGAUUGCCCCGACCCAAGUGCAGCACCCUGCACUUGGCCUUAUUGAGCCUCGUUAGAUUUUCAUGGGCCCACUUCUCCAGCCUGUCCUGGUCCUUCUGGAUGGCUUUUGUUGUGGUUUUGUGAUUUUUGUUGUCAGUAUUCCACAUCAGAACAUCAUGUAAAACAAUGCGAGUCAAAGGCUUAAUGUUCUGGUUCUGUGGACUGCCUUUUUUGGGCAUCUUGUGUUCUCGAGGGUAGGGGAGGAGUGGCAUUCCUGGAGGACCUGGUGUGCAGAGGAAGAAAGGUGGAGCUCAUGCAGGAUACUGGCUACUCUCCCUCUUACUUUCUUGCUCCCUCGGUUUGCCACAGAGAAAAACAUGUGCUUCCCCUGCAGUCUACUAGUGUAAGACCUCAUAUUUUGGAUGCUCUUUUCUCUCUCAUUUUGUUUGAUUUUGUUGGAUUUAGUAAAUUACCAUUCCUCCUCAGAUUGUUGCUGUUGUUUUGUUUUGUUUUAUUUUGUUUGUUAGACACAUCUGCUCUCUCGCUGUCCUUCCAGCUCUUCCCCUCUCCUGGAGCACAUGGCCCGCUCGUGGCCGGCCGUGCUACAAAAGGUCGAGUAGUCUUUUUCCCCUCUCUCUUUUCUCUCUGUCAUGAUUUUAUGAUUUUUGGUUACCGGUAUUCCAUAUCAUACCAUCAUGUAGUGCAUUGGGAGUUAAAGUGUUAAUGCUCCAGUUCCGGGCACCUGUCCCAGAAGAGAAGAAGAACUAUAUUCCCCAGAAGACUGUUCACUGUGCUGUUUUUAUUUCUGCUCAGGGGGAGCAGAUAUAAGGCCUUGGUAGGUCAUCUGACAUCCCUGUUUUCCUUCGGCUCUCCUCCCUGCUGUUCGACCCAACUGUGCGUCUCACCUCAGUGGUAUGGUGAGGCCUUCAGUUCUCAGACAAACUUUCUCUCAUCAUAUUUGAUUUAUUAGCUUCAAUUCUGAUUAUAUUUUAUUGUUAUGUUGCAUUCCGAUACCAUAUUUAGUAAAUCAGUUUGUUUCUCCUCA